CUCAGCACCAACCUUCACUUCGACAUCGUCGCCCAAGUGCCGCCUCGCCUGCUACACGCAACCCGCCGAGCCCAGACUUCUCCCUCAGCCACAACCGUCUCCAUGAGUCGAGACUCGUCUCCCCGCUGACUGUCCCUGGCCUUCAGCCACCAGGGCCGAUUCCCGUCCUCCGUCUACCCCGCCUUCACAACGUCCUGUAUUCACCAUGGUGGCCCGCCGGCGCCGAGCGCUGUCCAACUCGACGGUCGCCACCGUCGACGAGUCCGCUGUCCCGUACUUCAAAGAAAGCUCCGUCCUCAAGAAGGUGCCGCCUUCGUACCACAGCGACGAAUGGCCAUGCUUCCUCCUUGUCGAUGCCACCGUCUAUGACAGGCACGGCCGCAUGGCCAAUCAGCUCAGCGUCGACCUCGAAGGGCCUUUCAUCAUCCGUGGCAAGCUCGCACUCGACAAGGACCAGGAAAAAUACCUCGUGGCGCGGCCAGGCAAGUGCAGAGACGCCUUUGUCCAGAUCGAAAACAGUGCCUCGUUCGCCGUCGCGCUCAAGGACGAGGACAACGGCCCUCCCCUGCCUGUCCUGUGGGCUAGUGGCGAAGCAGGCUGGUACGAGAUCGUCCCGAGCGACAAAUACAAGGGCAUCGCCCAUGCCAUGUUCCAGUCGAUAUCGCUGUACUAUUCAAUGGUCGAUCAGUUCGCAGCUGCGUCGAGCAAGAAGAAGAGCAGCAAGAGGAAACCGCGCCCCGACAUUCAAUCUGAAAUAAACGAGAUGCUCUUCCAUUUCGCUGUCCAGGAAGGCGAAGGCUUGACUCUUCCAGAAGCCAUACAACGUUGUGAUGACAAUGUGAUCUUCUUCCUCUCCCACUUCGAGAAUAAGUCUUCACCAUUCUACAAGUGGCUGGCGUCGAGGCACCCGGAUGUCUUGGAGCGACUGGCCAACAGGGUCGUCCAUGACAAUGCACCCCUGGUUGUACCGGGAUUCGAGGCUGCAGAUCCUGCAGAUCCUAGAUAUAGAAUCAAGUCGGCAUCACUCGAAGCUACUGGUGGCUCUCGGCGGAGCCGUGGAGCUUCUCGUCAGGAAUCUGCCAACAGUGCGUCGGAAACACAAUCGAAGCACCGAGAUCUCGCUUCCCGUCCAAAGCGCGACGCAAGUGCCCCCAAAGCCGAUGUCGAGAUGGCGGAUGCCGCAAACCCCGUGAAAAAGGGUCUCGAAGCCCUACUUGAGUUUCUCGAAGAAGAGCGCGAGAGUAUCAACGCUCUCCAGGGGGGACAUCCCCAAAGAAAAGCUUGCAAGGAUAUCUUGCCCAAAUCGUGGCAUACCAAGGUGUAUCUGUCCUGCAGUAUUCCUAAUUAUGGCGGCGGUAAGGAAGUCUGCGAAUACUACGCCGAGGAUCUCGUCCAGCGGCUGGGUAAAGAAUGGCAUGAUAGCCAAUUAUACAAGUGGGCCAAGCAGAACGUGAAGACUCGACCUGCGUUUGAGAACAUUACUGAGGAGAAGAUCAUCAACCUGGUUAGAAGGCAAAAGAAACCUCGGGCCUCUGCAGUAAACAGCGCGCCCCGAACGCCACAGCCUAGUUCAGGAGGCAAGCACCUGCCACACCCUGGCCGGACAGGAGGGAAGCAAUCUGGGCUGCGCCCGGUGUACAGCAAAAAGCGCCCAAGAGAUGCUUUCGCCUCUGACGACGAGAUGGACAUCGACAGUGAUGAUGUAGGCAGCGGCCCUGCACAACGGCGCAAGAAGUCCCGCUUUCUGGGGGGCAAGCACGCUAGUGGUGCUUCAUCGUCAUCUGACGACGAUGACGAAGUGCCAGAUAGUCCUCUGACGAAGCUGGUGGUGACUGCUGAGAACCUGCCAUCAACAUUUGCCAGCGGGCCAAACUCGACCUGGACAUGCGAAGAACCCGACUGCGGUUUCGUCGUGCGUGGCGCAGACGACGAAGACGGCCAAAAGGCCAUCAACGACCACUACGAAGAGCACGAGAGGGCAGCCAGGGAGCUGAUGCAGGAGAUGGAGACGAGCCGCGUCAACCUCGCCGUGCAGGAGGGCAAGAAGGGUCAUUUGCCUAUCGACCACCUUCUUGAAAAGAUUCGCAGCUUAGGAGGAGAACCGCCACUGAAAGAGCCCUCACUCGACGGCGAGCCGAGACCGAUCAAGCGAAGCUUGCUCAUCUAGCUGGUCUGGGUCAGUUAUGUGGCGGCCCGCCUGGCUCGGAUACGUCGACCCUUAAUUGGGACAUGGCAUGAUUACAUCCAUCAAGGCGUUGUUCAUGGCCAACUGUAGAGCCCCGUCUUUGUUUCUUUUGAUUUGUUAAAUCAUGAUACCCCAGUCGCUAUUAUACAUCUAGAGCCAGCAUUAGACCUCGGUAAUGAGCGCCCAGAACACCGCACAUCGUGUGUAUGAGUACAUGUUGAAGUACAAACAGAACAAGAAACCUGCCAGGAUGGGGAAGCCAUCGCCUGUAUUCCUAGACGGAAAAAUAUGUCAAGUAUAAACAGGAGAGUCUAAUUUGGAACACAUCACUUUUCAUGCUUUUACGUGCUUGGUGAUGUGUCGUGCUUCUUUUUGCUAUUUAU